AUGGUGGUGGUCGAGGAGCAGGACAACUACUACUCUGAUUCCGACUCCGACGACGAGGACGUCGACCGCUACGUGUUCCUCGCGCGCCAGCCCGCGCCCCCAGGACGCCACGCGGAGGACGACGAUCGCGACGCGAGUUCUGCGAAUGACGACGAUGCCGGUGACGAUGGCGAUGGAAAGGCGGGGGAAGAAGAAUCGGAAGGAGGCGUCAGGAAGACGAAGAAGAGGCCUCUCCGGGAGAUCUUGGACGACGACGAUGCCCCGCCGCAGACCAAGAAGGCCCGGCUCGACCUGAUCAUCGCGUUGCCGAUGACGGCGCAGACGGCACCGAGCGGUUCGGAGUCGAACUUAGCGUCGUCGCCGCGGGCCGGGGAGUCCGGGAGCGAGGGGAGCCACGAGAAGGCGCACCACCAGCAUCGCGCUCCGACUCCGAGAGAGCAAGGAGAAGCCAAGAACGCGACAAAGAAGAAGCGGGGCGCGUGCGGCAAGCGAAGCAGGAGUCCGUGCGGCGAGGUGGAUAGCGAUCGGGACGAUGUGGUGGUGGCGGCGGCGGCGGCGGCAAAGACUGCAGGCGCGUCGUCCGGCGCAACCGCAACCUCGGGGUGCUUUCCCUGCAGCCUAUGCGACAGGUGCUUCGAUAGCCACCAGGCGCUCGGGGGACACGUCCUCGGACACAGGAAGAGGACCAAGAUCGCCAUUGCCGUGCCUCCCCCGUCCAUGUCGCGCGCCCUGCCCAAUAGGGCGGAUUUGCCCCCAUCGGUAUUUGCGAGCGCGGGGUCGCGAGGGCCACCGUCGCGCCGAUGCGGGGUUGCUGAAGCGCCAUGA